AAUGGGUGAUAUUAAAUUAUUGUAAUUUAUUUUAUAUUUGCAUGUGAUUUACUUUUAUUUUUUGUUAUUAGAAUACCUUUUCCGAUAAAAUCACUAUAUCCCCUUUCUAAUAGAUGAGUUAGAAAGGGUGAAACAAAAAUAUCAAAUGACAUAAAAAAUGUAUACCACUGCAGUUGAAGCGCCCCCGUUUCAAAACCACACCAUGGCUCAAAUGAAGAUUGGAUUAAAACGGGCGUAUCCGGCUAGCAUGGAGGACUGCAGGAAGAGACAUCAGACAGGCACUAAAGUUUCGAAAAUUGCCCACAUAUUUCAAGGAAUGCCGUCGAGGGACGAGGAAGACAUGCGCGGCGCCGAGAUGACGGUCGUCCGGACCGAGAGCCAUCUGUCGCGGUUUAAUACCGCGCGAGCUCUUUUUGAGAAACUGGGCGAAGAAAACCGCGGCUUCCGCAUAGAGAAGUCGCCAUCGGCCGCAGCCAGUUUUGCCGGCACGCGCGGUGGAGCACCCUCAGUGCCCUCGCGCUCACGCUCCAGCUCUGCGGGCUCUGUCAGCCCGCCGCGGCGCACCAUCACGCCUUCGCCCGGCGCGCCUCCCGCUCUCAACGGCGACCGCCUCGCCAACGGCUCCACGCAGCCCGUACCCCCACCGAAACCGGCCAAGCCUAGCGUUUUGCCAAAACCGGAAAAACCUGAUAGGCGCUUCAAUAAAGAACUUAUAGAGAAACAAAGAAACUGGACUUCUCAUUUUAGUAAACCGCGUCCUUCGUCGCGGUACGAGACACAUGAACCUAGUGCGCGAGUGGACGCUAAAUAUCCUAGUGGUGUACCGGAAACAAAGUCAUUGGAAGUUGCCGAAAGAAGUGUUAUUCCCUCUCGUGUAUACUCGCCCCCGCUAUCGCCAUGUGCUGGGGACUCUCAAGCGGAGCGUCCUACGACUCUCCCUUCUAGUUUAGUUCAUAGAGGUGCGUCUGGUGUAAAAUCUCCUAGUCCUGUGAAAAUGAUUGCGCCCGUAUCGCCAUCUACUAGAUCCAAUAAUAUAACGUCUCCCACCUUUAGAUCAGAUAUAAGAAGUGAUAAUUUAAGUUCCUCCUCUAAAGAAAGUGUUGACACCGGUUCUCAGCAAAUAGGUUCAUCUGAAAUUGUUUAUCCUAAAACUCGAUCGACGCGAACUUCAGUAUCUGCCAGUGAUGAGGCUAUCGCGGAGAAGGAUUCCGCGUCAGACAGAAGUCCUAGUUUGCAAUCUUCUGAUUCGUCAUCGCGGUCCGCUGAGAGAUCGUCCCACUCGCCUUCGAGAUCCGCCGAGAGAUCAUCCCAUUCACCGGUCUCUCCGUCUGUAAGCCCAGCUGCAGUAGCCCCGGCUUAUUCUCCUAGGUAUCCAACAUCGCCCCCUUCACCACCCAUUCGAUCUCCGAAAUCACCCUCUCCAUUGCCACACGAAAAUGCUAAAAUAACAGCGAGUGAGCUAACAGAAAAUCGAGUGUCCGAAGAAAGCGAAGAAUUUAAACAGGAAGAUAGAACUGAUGGAAAAAUUCCUGAUAUCUUAUCACGAGCUCCCCCUAAGCCGAGCCCUGGGUUACCGGUUUCACCGCCGCCUCAAGAAGACGAUGAUAAGUUAAAGUACGAAAGAGACUCGACCGCUCCGCAAAGUCCGGAACCUUAUGAUAGUGUAGUAGAUUCACCAAAGUUACUUAAUAAAAACUUGGACGAGGAUGAUGGUUACGAGCACAUAGAGUACAGUGACGGGAGGGACGAGAAAAGCAAUCGGCGCUCGUCAACGCCGGAGUCGCCUGCAGGCGCUCCCCCUGAGACCGCGCCGCGUUCUCCGCUGGCGUCACCGCUCGCCUCGCCGGUGCAUCGGGAGUACUCCUCGCCCACCGUGUUGUCUUCACCCGUACCCCCGGUCGGAGAUCGCAAGUCAUCGGAGGCGGAGGAGAGUGGGCGGCGCGGCGGCUCGCGCGCGUCCAGCGUGUCGGACGAGGGCGGCUUCAACGAGCCCUCGCCCGAGGUGGUGGCGCGGCUGCGCCCCGCCGACUACCGCGAGCCGCCUGCGCCCGCGCCGCUCACGCGCGACCACCGCGACGCCGAGCGUGCGCGCUCCGACCCCGACACGCUGUCGGUCCUACAGCAGGACUCGGGAGUAGUAGUGAGUGAAGCUAGUCAAGGCUCCAUAGAGGUGCUCGACAAAUCGACCACUAGCCAAUGGAGCGUAUCGGAAGCGGAGCCGUCGGGUGACCGCGUCGCUGAAGCGGGCGCGGAGGCGGAGGCCGACGGCCGCUGGGACGACCCCGACGCGGGCAAGCAGCCCGACAGUAUGACGCCCGACGAGGCUGAAAUCUUGCUUAGCUCUAGUAUUCUGGAGAAAAAACUUAGACAAGAGGCGCUGCUGUCGGACGAGCAGGCGCAGGAGAUCGUGGCGAUGCUGUCGCCGCACCCGCCGCAGGACAACGGCGUCUCGCUCAACGACAGCUACCAGUCCGUGCUCUCGUACGAGAGCAUGCAGUCAGUGGACGAGAGCUACGAGUUCGUGUCGCUGGAGGGCGAGGCGGCCCUGGCCGGCGGCGACCGCAAGUCGUGCCCGCCGGAGCCCAGCGUGUUCGACCACUACCCGCCGCGCGCGCUCCGCGAGCUGGCCGAGGAGAACGGCAUACACUACUUCGAGGACGGACACUUUUAUACCGAGGUGGCUGGUCUUCCGCCUAUCGAAGAAGAUGAGGACGAUGAAUAUUACACACCGCCUGUAUUCGUUAAGAUGAAUAGAAAAGUAAAAUUCAGCACGAACCCGAUGCAAGUGUUCUCCACGCACUCGGUGCGCGAGUACGACCGCCGCAACGAGGACGUGGACCCGGUGGCCGCGUCCGCCGAGUACGAGCUCGAGAAACGCGUCGAGAAGAUGCACGUGUUCCCGGUCGACCUGCUCAAGGGGGCCGACGGGCUGGGCCUCUCAAUCAUUGGAAUGGGUGUCGGCGCCGAUGCGGGGUUAGAAAAAUUGGGCAUAUUCGUUAAAACAAUCACUGAGAGCGGAGCCGCCGCGCGCGACGGACGCAUACAAGUCAACGACCAGAUCAUCGAGGUCGACGGCAAGAGUCUGGUAGGUGUGACCCAAGCCUAUGCCGCGUCAGUGCUACGAAAUACGUCCGGACCAGUAAAGUUCCUCAUCGGUCGCGAGAAGGACCCUGAAAACAGCGAAGUGGCCCAUCUCAUAAGGCAAUCUUUGGCAGCCGAUAAAGAGAGGGAGGAUAGGGCCGUGCGCGAGCGUGCGCGGCGGCAGCAGUCGGAGGGCGCGGAGGCGCCGGCCGCGCCCGCGCCGCCCGCCGAGCCGCCCGCGCCCGCCUCGCGCAUCCCGGAGGUGUCCGAGCUGCGCGCCUUGCUGCACGAGGUGGUGGGCAUGGAGGCGGGCGGCGCGGCGGCGGCGGAGGUGGCGGCGCGCGUGCGCGAGUGGUGCGCGGCGCGCGCGCCCGACGACGCGCUGCAGCUCGACCUCGCGCGCGCCGCCGACACCGCGCAGCGCGCGCAGCGCAAGUACGACAAGGCCCGGCGAGCGCUCCGCGAGUGGCGGCGCACGCGCGCCAUGGUGCGCGCGCGCGAGGAGUGGUGGAGCAGCAGCGCGCGCGACGCGCACCGCGAGUACUCCUGCGCGCUGUCCGCGCUGCACGAGCGCGUCGCGCGCCUCGAGGUGCUGCUGCUGGAAACGCAGAAGAAAGCCGGGCUGCCGGUGAUGUUGCCGCACGAGCCGUCCGCGCGCCGCGAGACGCCGCCACUGCCGCGGCGGCCCGACCCCGACCCUCUGCUCAUCAACGAUCCCUGGAGCUCGGACAGCGACCUGUCCGACUUGUCGCCCAUAGAGGACGAGUAUGCCAAGGUGGACAAGUCCGCGCGACGGGAGCGCGAGGCGCGCGAGCGGGAAGCGCCGGACAUUGGUGACGUCACUGUGUCAGAACCUGAGGCUAAGGUAGUGGACGGGCGGCCGGUGAACAGCGUGGCCCCCCCGGUGCAGCCCGCAGGCCCGGCGGCCGCGCCGAUCUACGCCACGCCGCCGCACACGCCGCACAUGACGCCGCCCGCCACCACAGCGGACACGACCAGCGCUCCCACACCAGCCGCAACGGUGGCAGCGACGGCUGUCGGCGCCUCCCGCGAGCUGGACGCGGCCGUGCCUCGCUCCGGGCCGCUGCUGGACACGUCGGCGCACCGCGCGCGCACCGACCUGGCGCGCCACCGCCACCACGCGCCGCACUCGCCGCACUCGCUCAGCAACGCCAGCUCCUAUGACGGAUUAGACGACUCGUAUAACGACUCUGCGGACGAAUCUCUAAGUGAAUCCACAUCGGGAGCGCCUACACACACAGGAGCACCCUCUCGAGAGAGGCAAAGCUGUGGUAGCUCUGUCGGGAGCGCGACCGACGACGCGGUAUAUUCAAGAGACCACCGGCAUCACCAACUUACAGGUCCGGCCGCGUCGCUGGCGGAGCAGCUGAAGCAGGUGCUGGCGGAGCGCGAGCGGCGCCUGGCCCCGGCGGCCCCGGCGGCCCCGGCGGCCGCGGCGGCGCCGCCCGACCCCGUGCAGCUCACCAACGACCUCGUGGACGAGAUCCGCCAGGCCGUCAGCGAGGCCAACGCCCGAGUGAAGAAAGCUCCGGCUUGCGUAGUCGGCGGCGAGGUGCCGUGGCAGCCGCUGUCCAGCGCCGUGUCGGAGGCCAGCCUGUCGCCCGCGCCGCUGUCGCCGCACCCCGUCACGCACUGGACCAAGCAGCAGGUUUGGCAGUGGGUAUCGGGGCUAGGCGAGGGCCUGGAGCGGCACGCGAGCGCGUUCGCCGCGCGCGGCGUGGACGGCGCGCUGCUGCUGGCGCUCAGCUCCGCCGACCUCAAGCUGCUCGGGCUCGGCGGCGACGACCGCCGCCGCAUGAAGCGCCGCCUCAAGGAGCUGCGCCAGGCGCACGAGAAACACCUCAAGGCCCUCAAGAAGGCCGAGAAGAAGGCCAAGAAGAAAUAGGCCAGUCGUCCAGGGUCAGUUGCGUAUACGCUUUAACACUCUUCUUCUGUAAUGGUCGCAUUUAUUACGAGAUACACAAAAGAUACAGUAUUGGUCUCUUUCUCACACGGUUGCUUUGUCUUUUAUGAUGUAAUAAAUGUGACUGUAAUAUGCCUUGUGUCACAGUAAAACCACUAAUAUAAGUUACUUGAGCAGUACUUAAAUCUUACGUUGAAAGUACCUAAGAUCAGUUAUUUACUUGAUAAGGGACCACGUCAUUGUAACUUAUAAAAGUGGUGCUGGACGUCUUAUAUUUUCUCUUCUAUUCCAUUGGUUUUUUCAAUGAAAAUUGAUAAAUGAAGAAGAAUUACGUUUAAUGGGUUCUUAUUUGCGCUAUUAAACCUUGGACCGUCUGCUGUGGACAGUUGCAAAGACUAAUUGUUAAAAACAAGGAACGAGAUAACAGCAUAGAAACAACAUUUAGCCAUAUAUGUAAUUCUUCUUUAGCCCUUUGUACUGUCUUUUCUUCUACUGAACUAAUUUAUUCUGGAAACUGGGCGACUGACUCUGAAGAUUGGAGGUAUCGGGAGGGAUCGGGGUAAAGCAAAAGCUGUGUCCGAUAGCGUAGAGAGUGCCAUCUGACUUAUAGCUUAGAGUUUAGUGACGGUAGGGUAGAGUCGAACGAAAAAUACUAAUAAUCGAAAUUUAGAUGUAAGUGAAUACGGAACAGGACAAGUAGAAAGCAUUUAUCUAGACUGUCUAACCUAAGUUAUCUAAUCUCUGUAUGUUUUUACUCAACGUCAGUUUUUUCCUACAACUUAAUUCUUUUAUCGUUCCUACGCCGUAUUAUUUGUGUCAGUUUUCUUCAAGUUUGAUGUGAAGUAUGGACUGCUGGAAAUCACUGGCUCAAUCUAGUCAUAAGAUCAAUCAUAAGCUGCUCGAAAGUCUGCUAAUUUUCUUCUAAGAUUUUUGAAAUACAUGUAUAAGAUAAACUAUGUAAUGUUCAAUUUGUAUCUAUUCAUGAAUUGUCAAUAAAAUUGUAUAUUAUCGCAGUAACAACUAUCGGUUUGUAAUUCCUAAUCUUUGCAAGGUUCUAUUUUUCAGACAGAAACUGGUUAUUUUCGGCAUGAAUUUCAAAAUAAAUAACUGCACAAAAUGUACUUAGUAUUGUAUAGCGACUGGUCGUUAGAGCGACGUUGCUACUGUGUUAGUAAGAUAUUUAAAUUACAUAGAAUAUUUGACAUUCAUCGAGCAUGUGAUCUCAUCUCAUUAAAGUUGUUACUUACAUAUGUCUUUCAACCACACUGCAUUUUUUUAUUCAUUGCGCAAUCAAAUAAAAUGUUUAUCUUAUGAAAUCGUAAUGAUGAUUAUUAUAACUUAUAUUCAUUGAAAUAAAUACAUUCCAGUGAAAUUCUCUCUUGAUGUUUCUGUAAGAGUUAUCAAAUAUAAGUCUGGCUUUAUAGGUUUUCUUAGGCAAGUUAAAUAAUGGCUGAGACCGCAUCCACUCAACUCACAAUAACUGUUUAUAGGAGCUUGUACAAAUGUGAAGGACUUGCCCGCGGUGAGGGAGGGUCUCGGCCGCAUAGUGUAUUCAAUAAUUCACGUGUGCAUGUUCGGUUCUGUAGCCACCUGUAUCGUUGGUGUAAAUAUGCCGGCGCGAGCGCGGCGACUCGACUGCGGCGUGCUUCAUUACUCUGUAUGACUGAAUGUACAUUGUGCAUUUAGGAUAUUUAUUUUAAUUAAGAAAUAACGAAUAAUGUAAGUAGGAAGUCCAUUAACAAUUGCCAAAUUGAUCAGUACUGUUUAUAAUUGUUGAUUUUUUUAAUUUAAAUUUUCCUUAAAUUAUUUAAUAUUUAUUUUGGGACCAAAUUAAUUUAUUGUCUCUUACAGUUUAUUAUUUAUGUAUUUGGGUGUGCAGUUGGGAGAGAUUUUUUUAUUUAUAAUUAAAUAAACAAACCAAAGUCUACAUCAUAUUGUUUUUUACUAUCAAUUAUGAUCAAUGUGAACAUCAUGUACAUUUCCUAAAAUGAUGGUGAAAAUAUAGUCUGCAGUGGUAA